AUGACAAAGACUUACGUGAAAUCCAAGGAGAUGUCAGAACUGGUCAACACACCAUCCUGGAUGGACAAAGGUCUGAGUUCCCAGAAUGAGAUGAAGGAGGAAGAAAGGAGACCGGCUGCUUAUGGGGUGCUUGGCAGCUUAGCUGAAGAGCAUGACAGUAUAGAGGAGGAAGAUGAAGAGGAAGAGGAUGGAGAGAGGCCCAAGAGAAGAGGCCCCAAGAAAAAGAAAAUGACAAAAGCUCGCCUUGAAAGAUUCAGGGCUCGAAGGGUCAAGGCCAAUGCCAGAGAGCGGACUCGGAUGCACGGUUUGAACGACGCCCUGGACAACCUGCGGAGGGUCAUGCCAUGCUACUCUAAGACCCAAAAGCUCUCUAAGAUAGAGACGCUGAGACUGGCCAGAAACUAUAUUUGGGCUUUGUCGGAGGUCCUGGAAACUGGCCAGACCCCGGAAGGGAAGGGCUUCGUGGAGAUGCUCUGUAAAGGGCUCUCUCAGCCCACAAGCAACCUGGUGGCUGGGUGCCUGCAGCUGGGCCCUCAGGCGGUGUUUCUGGAGAAGCACGAGGAGAAAUCCAUCUGUGACUCUGCCGUCUCUGUCCAUAGCUUCAACUAUCAGUCUCCCGGGCUGCCCAGCCCUCCAUAUGGCCAUAUGGAAACACAUCUUAUUAAUCUCAAGCCCCCAGUAUUCAAGAGCUUGGGAGAACCAGCCUUUGGGAGCCAUCCACCUGACUGCAGUACCCCACCUUAUGAGGGGCCACUGACUCCACCCCUGAGUAUCAGUGGGAACUUUUCCUUGAAGCAAGAUGGCUCACCCGAGCUGGAUAAAUCAUAUGGCUUCAUACCACACUAUCCUACUGCAAGUCUAAGCUCAGGACACAUACACUCAGCUCCCUUUCAGGCGGGUACUCCCCGUUAUGACGUCCCCAUUGAUAUGUCCUAUGAUUCCUACCCCCACCCUGGCAUCGGGGCCCAACUCAAUACAAUCUUCACUGAUUAGGGCAGUAAGUAUCAGCAUUUCA